AUGACGGUUAAGAAGAUCGGCUACAACAUUCUCUCCUUUUUCCGGGGGUUGUCCGACAGCGUCGAGAUACAUAAUCUCGCCUUCCAUGCUUAUCGGGAGCUAGCUUGGAAACAGACUGACCUGAUCGUCGGGACGGAACGCACCAGGGCUCUUAUGGAAAGUGGGGUCAGCGCGAGAAGGCCUCAGUAUGCAGAUUUGAUCCCGCAAGAUCUCGCAGUCACAAGCCCACAACGCUGGCUAUCAUAUCAUGCAUCACAGAUUUUGGAAAAUGACGGGAUGGCCUAUGAUGGCCUGCAUAUGAAGCCUCGGCCGGGUGGAUCAAACUUGUUAGUCGCAAGGGACAAGCGUUCCUCGCAAUUAGCUCUGCAGGUCGAGGAAUUUGAUACUUCGGAUACAGAGUGGAGACUUACGGUGAUCUCUGUGCGAUGCACGUACGAAUGCAAUACCUUAGCUCUGUCCAUACUUGAGUCUCAGGAAGAUUUCAGCCGAAACAGACAAUCUGUCCAGAGUCCAUCGAGAGCCUAUCUUGUUCCUGCUGCCAUGACGGGAAGGCGGGAGGGUCCGUCAACUACCGUGAUUGGCUGA